GGUGUUACUUUGUCACCCAGGCCGGCCUGGACCCCCAGGUUCAGCGAUUCUUCCGCCGCUGCUUCCUGAGUAGCUGGGACCUCAGGCUUCCGCCCCGUGCCCGCAUCCCUGCUGUGUUUAGGCAGCAGGUGGUGACCUCACUCCUCCCUGGCCUGAGCACUCCGUCCCGCAUCCCAGGCGGAGGCCCUAGGGAAGUCUCUGAAGCUGAGCACAGGGUGGACUCUCCCUCCUGAAUGAAUGGAGAAUAGAAAGGGGGAGGAUUUCUGUUAUGUUCUGUGGGCCAUCAGCAUGAAAUCAUAUGUUCCUCCCAGGCAGGGCUUUGCAUUUCACAUUUUAGUUUGCAUGCCCGUUCCAGACAAUUCCAGGGCUUUUGAAUCAUGCUUCAGCCUUCCUGGCCGCUCUCACCUCCAAAAACCGAAAAAAACCAGGCGCUGGGUGCGAGGCGGAGAGAUGCACAGGUCCCGUCCCGGCCCCGCCCUCUGUCGGUUCUAAAGGGCAAGGUCUCUCUGUCUCGCGCCCCGCCUCUACCCCGCCUAGGCCCCGCCAAACUGUUCGCCGGCCCCGCCCAGGCCUGGCUUCUGUCCUGGGCGCGCAAACCCCGAGGCGGAUCGCGUGGAGUGAAGGUCGUACCGCGGCGCGAUUGAUUUCUAAAGACUCAUGUUACGUGAGGAAGCAGCUCAGAAGAGGAAAGGAAAGGAGCCAGGCAUGGCUCUUCCUCAGGGACGCUUGACUUUCAGGGAUGUGGCUAUAGAAUUCUCAUUGGCAGAGUGGAAGUUCCUGAACCCUGCGCAGAGGGCUUUGUACAGGGAAGUGAUGUUGGAGAACUACAGGAACCUGGAGGCUGUGGAUAUCUCUUCCAAACGCAUGAUGAAGGAAGUCUUGUCAACAGGGCAAGGCAAUAGAGAAGUGAUCCACACAGGGACAUUGCAAAGACAUCAUAGUUAUCACAUUGGAGACUUUUGCUUCCAGGAAAUUGAGAAAGAAAUUCAUGACAUUGAGUUUCAGUGUCAAGAAGAUGAAAGAAAUGGCCAUGAAGCACCCAUGACAAAAAUAAAAAAGUUGACUGGUAGCACAGAACAACAUGAUCACAGGCAUGCUGGAAACAAGCCUAUUAAAGAUCAGCUUGGAUCAAGCUUUCAUUCACAUCUGCCUGAACUGCACAUAAUUCAGAUCAAAGGUGAAAUUGCUAAUCAACUUGAGAAGUCUACCAAUGAUGCUCCCUCGGUUUCAACAUCCCAAAGAAUUUCCUGUAGUCCCCAAAUCCAUAUUUCUAAUAACUAUGGGAAUAAUCCCCUGAAUUCUUCAUUACUCCCACAAAAACAGGAAGUACACAUGAGAGAAAAAUCUUUCCAAUGUAAUGAGAGUGGCAAAGCCUUUAAUUGUAGCUCACUCUUAAGGAAACACCAGAUACCCCAUUUAGGAGACAAACAAUAUAAAUGUGAUGUAUGUGGCAAGCUCUUUAAUCACAAGCAAUACCUUGCAUGCCAUCGUAGAUGUCACACUGGAGAGAAACCUUACAAGUGUAAAGAGUGUGGAAAGUCCUUCAGUUACAAGUCAUCCCUUACAUGCCAUCAUAGACUUCAUACUGGAGUAAAACCUUACAAGUGUAAUGAGUGUGGCAAGAUCUUUCGUCAAAAUUCAGCCCUUGUAAUUCAUAAGGCAAUUCAUACUGGAGAGAAACCUUACAAGUGUAAUGAAUGUGGCAAGGCUUUUAAUCAACAAUCACACCUUUCACGCCAUCAAAGACUUCAUACUGGAGUGAAACCUUACAAAUGUAAGAUUUGUGAGAAGGCUUUUGCGUGUCAUUCCUAUCUGGCAAACCAUACUAGAAUUCAUAGUGGAGAGAAAACUUACAAGUGUAAUGAGUGUGGUAAGGCUUUUAAUCAUCAAUCAAGCCUUGCACGUCAUCAUAUACUUCAUACUGGAGAGAAACCUUACAAAUGUGAAGAAUGUGACAAAGUUUUCAAUCAGAAAUCAACCCUUGAGAGACAUAAGAGAAUUCAUACUGGAGAGAAACCAUACAAAUGUAAGGUUUGUGAUACAGCUUUCACGUGUAAUUCACAGCUGGCACGACAUAGAAGAAUUCACACUGGAGAGAAAACUUACAAGUGUAAUGAGUGUCUCAAGACCUUCAGCUGCAGGUCAUCCCUUCUAUGCCAUCGUAGACUUCAUAGUGGUGAAAAACGUUACAAGUGUAAUGAGUGUGGCAAUACCUUCCGUCACCGGGCAUCCCUUGUAUACCAUCGUAGACUUCAUACUCUAGAGAAAUCUUACAAAUGUACGGUUUGUAACAAGGUUUUCAUGCGUAAUUCAGUCCUGGCCGUACAUACUAGAAUUCACACUGCAAAGAAACCUUACAAGUGUAAUGAAUGUGGGAAAGCUUUUAAUCAACAAUCACAUCUUUCACGUCAUCAUAGACUUCACACUGGAGAGAAACCUUACAAAUGUGAAGCAUGUGACAAAGUUUUCGGUCAGAAAUCAGCUCUUGAGUCACAUAAGAGAAUUCAUACUGGAGAGAAACCAUACAGAUGUCAGGUUUGUGACACAGCUUUCACGUGGAAUUCACAGCUGGCACGACAUACAAGAAUUCACACUGGAGAAAAAACUUAUAAGUGUAAUGAGUGUGGGAAGACCUUCAGUUACAAGUCAUCACUUGUAUGGCAUCGUAGACUUCAUGGUGGAGAGAAAUCUUACAAAUGUAAGGUUUGUGACAAGGCUUUCGUGUGUCUUUCCUACGUGGCAAAACAUACUAGAAUUCAUAGUGGAAUGAAACCUUACAAGUGUAAUGAGUGCAGCAAGACCUUCAGUAACAGGUCAUCCCUUGUAUGCCAUCGUAGAAUUCAUAGUGGUGAGAAACCUUACAAGUGUAACGAGUGCAGCAAGACGUUCAGUCAGAAGGCAACCCUUCUAUGCCAUCGUAGACUUCAUAGUGGUGAGAAACCUUACAAGUGUAACGACUGUGGCAAUACCUUCCGUCACUGGUCAUCCCUUGUAUACCAUCGUAGACUUCAUACUGGAGAGAAAUCUUACAAAUGUACGGUUUGUGACAAGGCUUUCGUGCGUAAUUCAUACCUGGCAAGACAUAUUAGAAUUCACACUGCAGAGAAACCUUACAAGUGUAAUGAAUGUGGGAAGGCUUUUAAUGAACAAUCACACCUUUCACGUCAUCAUAGAAUUCAUACUGGAGAGAAACCUUACAAAUGUGAAGCAUGUGACAAAGUUUUCAGUCGCAAAUCACACCUUAAAAGACAUAGGAGAAUUCAUACUGGAGAGAAACCUUACAAGUGUAAUGAGUGUGGCAAAGCCUUUAGUGACCGGUCAACGCUUAUUCACCAUCAGGCAAUUCAUGGUGUAGGGAAAUUUGAUUAAUAUAGUGAUUGUCACAAAGUCUUCAGUAACACUACAACAAUUGCAAAUCAUUGGAGAGUCCAUAAUGAAGAGAGAUCUUCCAAGUGUAAUAAAUGUGGCAAGUUUUUCAGACAUUGUUCAUACAUUGCAGUUCAUCAGUGAACUCAUACUGGAGAGAAACCUUACAAAUGUCAUGACUGUGGCAAGGUCUUCAGUCAAGCUUCAUCCUAUGCAAAACAUAGGAGAAUUCAUACAGGAGAGAAACCUCACAAGUGUGAUGAUUGUGGCAAAGCCUUUACUUCACAUUCCCACCUCGUUAGACAUCAGAGAAUCUAUACUGGACAGAAAUCUUGCAAAUGUCAUCAGUGUGGCAAGGUCUUCAGUCUGAGGUCACUCCUUGCAGAACAUCAGAAAAUUCAUUUUUGAGAUAACUGUUCCCAAUGCAGUGAGUAUAGCAAACCAUCAAGCAUUAAUUGACAUUGGAGUCAAUUCAGCAUUGACUUGAGUUUGUGUUGACUUAACAUUGAGUUCAAGCCUUAAUUGACAUUCAAGUGUUUAUGUUAAGAGGAUGGGGCCAGGUGUGGUGUCUCAGGCCUGUAAUCCCAGCACGUUGGAAGACCAAGGCACAUAGGUCACUUGAGGUCAGAAGUUUGAAACCACCAUGGCCAACAGAUGUUGGCCACUUUUGCCAUCCUGUUUUUUGUUUCUUAUUUUCUUAUUUAUUUAUUUAUUUAUUUUGAGAUGGAGUGUCACUCUUGUUGCCCAGCCUAGAGUGCAAUGGUGUGAUCUCAGCUCACCACAACCUCCGCCUCCCGGGUUCAAGUGAUUGCUCUGCCUCAGCCUCCCUAGUUGCUGGGAUUACAGGCAUGUGCCACCACACCCGGCUAAUUUUUUGUAUUUUUAGUAGAGACGGGGAUUCUCCAUAUUAGGCUGGUCUCGAACUCCCGACCUCAGGUGAUCUGCCCACCUUGGCAUCCCAAAGUCCUGGGAUUACAGGCAUGGGCCACCGUACCCGGUCUUGUUUCUUAUUUUCUAUUUUUUUAUUUUUUUGAGAGGCAGGAGAAUGGCGGGUGAACCCAGGAGGUGGAGCUUGCAGUAAGCCCAGAUAGCACCAUUGCACUCCAGCCUGGGAGACAGAGUGAGACUCCGUCUAUUAAAAAAAAAUUACAAAUAAAAAAAUGUAUUUUAACCAGUUAGUCUGUUUUUCAGUUUCCUUUCCUUAUGUCAUUUGUUAAAAUCUUCAGCUGGGAGCUAUAUAUUGCGUGUUUCCCUCAAGGCCCUCUGGACCAUUCUGGAAAAAUGUGGAAACAUGGGCUGGAGUGACAUAGAAUGCUCCUCCAAAAGCACCCAUGUAUUCUUUUCCUUUGUUUGUUUGUUUUUUUUUUUUAAUGGGGUCUCGCUCUGUCGCCUUGGAUGGAGGGCAGUGGUGCGAUCUCAGCUCACUGCAACCUCUGCCUCCCGGGAUCAAGUGAUUCUCCUGCCUCAGUCUCCUGAGUAGCUGAAAUUACAGGCACCUACCAGCACGCCUGGCUAAUUUUUGUAUUUUUAGUAGAGACGGGGUUUCACCAUGUUUGUCAGGCUGGUCUCAAACUCCUGACCUCGUGAUCCGCCGGACCCGGCCUCCCAAGGUGCUGGGAUUACAGGCAUGAGCCACCGUGCCCCGCCUCUUUUUUUUUUUUUUUGAGAUGGAGUUUUGCUCUUGUUGCUCAGGCUGGACUGCAAUGGUGCGAUCUGGUGUCACUGCAACGUCUGCCUCCCGGGUUCAAGGGAUUCUCCCGCCUCAGCCUACCGAGUAGUUGGGAUUACAGGUGCCCUCCACCACUCCCGGCGAAUUUUUUGCAUUGUUAGUAGAGACAGGGUUUUACCAUGUGGGCCAAGCUGGUCUCGAACUCCUGACUUCAGGUGAUCUGCCCACCUUGACCUCCCAAAGUGCUAGGAUUACAGGCGUGAGCCUUAGUGCCUGACGACUCAUGUAUUCUUGAUUGAAAUAAUUUGCUUAUGUCUCAGUUCUACAGCUGACCUUCUUUCACUGUUUUCAAGGUCAAUAUCUGUGUGUUCACACUUCUGCAUUUUAUAAAUGUUACUGUGAUUUUCUUGUAAGGAAGAAUUAACUGUCGGGAAUCAAUGUCAUCAGAACCUUGCAGAAGAGGUUUCUUUAGCAUAGGUAUGCGUAAGGUGCUUCUCUGAUUUUCAAGGAUGUGGGUGAUAAGACCAACCCUUCCCAUUAGCCCUUCCAGGCCCCCAUGGAAGACUUCACACACACCUCACUCAUCUCAGACCUUGUCAGUGUAACUUGGUGAAAAUGUGAGCCUCCCUGCAACUUGGCGAUGAGGGGCUUGACCAGAAAAGCUCAACCCGAGUGACUCUGACCACUGAAAUGACUGGCAAAAUGGAAUGCGCGUCUAGGUGUGGCUUUUUUUUUUUUUUUUGAGGAUAGGAGUGCCCAGUUGUAAUUAGAAUUUUCUUUCUUUCUUUCUUUCCUUCCUUCCUUCCUUCCUUCCUUCCUUCCUUCCUUCCUUCCUUCCUUCCUUCCUUCCUUCCUUCCUUCCUUCUUUCUUUCUUUCUUUCUUUCUUUCUUUCUUUCUUUCUUUCUUUUUUUUUUUUUUGAGACAGAGUCUCGCUCUGUCGCCCAGGCUGGAGUGCAGUGGCGCGAUCUUGGCUCACUGCAAGCUCCGCCUCCUGGGUUCACGCCAUUCUCCUGCCUCAGGCUCCCGAGUAGCUGGGACUACAGGUGCCCACCACUGCGCCUGGCUAAUUUUUUGUAUUUUUAGUAGAGACGGGGUUUCACCCUCGUCUCGAUCUCCUGACCUUGUGAUCCGCCCGCCUCGGCCUCCCAAAGUGCCGGGAUUACAGGCAUGAGCCACCGCACCCGGCAUCUGAACUUUGUUUUAUUUAUUAUUAUUUUUUUUGAGACAGAGUCUCACUCUGUCGCCCAGGCUGGAGUGCAGUGGUGUGAUCUCGGCUCACUGCAACUUCCACCUCCCAGGUUCAAGCGAUUCUCGUGCCUCAGCCUCCCGAGUAGCUGGGAUUAUAGGCGUGUGCCACCACGCCCAGCUAAUUUUUAUAUUUUUAGUAGAGACAGAGUUUCACCAUAUUGGCCAGGCUGGUCUUGAACUCCUGACCUCGUGAUCCGCCUGCCUCGGCCUCCCAAAGUGCUGGGAUUACAGGCAUGAGCCACCAUGCCCGGCAGCAUCUGAACUUUUAAUGACUUGGAAUUGUGGGGAAAAGAGAGAGAUCAGACUGUUACUGUGUCUAUGUAGAAAGAAGUAGACAUAAGAGACUCCAUUUUGUUCUGUACUAAGAAAAAUUCUUCUGCCUUGAGAUGCUGUGAAUCUGUAACCCUAGCCCCAACCCUGUGCUCGCAGAAACAUGUGCUGUGUCAACUCAAGGUUAAAUGGAUUAAGGGCUGUUCAGGGUGUGCUUUGUUAAACAAAUGCUAGAAGACAGCGUGCUUGUUAAAAGUCAUCACCACUCCUUACUCUCAAGUACCCAGGGACAAAGAACACUGCAAAAGGCUGCAGGAACCUCUGCCUAGGAAAGCCAGGUAUUGUCCAAAGUUUCUCCCCUGUGAUAGCCUGAGAUAUGGCCUCGUGGGAAGGGAAAGACCUGACCGUUCCCCAGCCCAACACCCGUAAAGGGUCUGUGCUGAGGAGGAUUAGUAAAAGAGGAAGACCUCUUUGCAGUUGAGAUAAGAGGAAGGCAUCUGUCUCCUGCUGGUCCCUGGGCAAUGGAAUGUCUUGUUGUAAAGCCCGAUUGUAUAUUCCAUCUACUGAGAUAGGAGAAAACUGCCUUAGAGCUGGAGGUGAGACAUGCUGGAGGCAGUACUGCUCUUUAAGGCAUUGAGAUGUUUAUGUAUAUGCACAUCAAAAGCACAGCACUUUUUCCUUUACCUUGUUUAUGACAGAGACAUUUGUUCAGGUUUUCCUGCUGACCCUCUCUCCACUAUUACCUUAUUGUCCUGCCACAUCCCCCUCUCCGAGGUGGUAGAGAUAAUGAUCAAUAAAUACUGAGGGAACUCAGAGGCCGGUGCAGGUGCGGGUCCUCUGUAUGCUGAGUGCUGGUCCUGUAGGCCAACUUUUCUUUCUCUGUACUUUGUCUCUGUGUCUCUUUCUUUUCUCAAAUCUCUCCGUUCCACCUGACGAGAAACGCCCACAGGUGUGGAGGGGCAGGCCACCCCUUCAGGAAUGGAAUGGAAAGUGGAGAUACACGUCAGUGGUACAGGGUGCUUUAUCACAUCAUUGAUUUUAUUAUUUUUUUCUUUUUUUGAGUUGAGUCUCCCUCUGUCACCCAGGAUGGAGUGCAGUGGUGAGAUUUUGGCUCACUGUAGCUUCCACCUUCGGGAUUACAGUGAUUCUGUUGCCUGAGCCUCUCGAGUAGCUGGGAUUAGAGAUGCAUGCCACCACGCUUGUAACGGCAUGAUGUGAUGUGUGUGCAUGAAUACAUGGAUGGAUAAGCCCAUGGUUUAUGUAGAAAACACAUGAUUUGCAAUAAGGUAUAUUUUUUAUAGUUGUUAUGAUUGUAAGUAUUUUUCAUUUUUGUUAACUAUCACAAUGAUGAGUUAUUAGUAAGGAUUGGCCGGGCGAGGUGGCUCACGCCUGUAAUCCCAGCACUUUGGGAGGCCCAGGUGGGUGAAUCACAAGGUCAGGAGUUCGAGAUCAGCCUGGGCAAAAUGGUGAAACGCCAUCUCAACUAAAAAUUAGCCAGGCCUGGUGGCAGGUGACUGUAAUGCCAGCUACUCGGGAGGCUGAGGCAAGAGAAUUGCUUGAACCUGGGUGGAAGAAGUUGCAGUGAGCCAAUAUCGUGCCACUGCACUCCAGCCUGGGUGAUAGAGUGACACUCUUUCUCAAAAAAAAAAAAUUAAAAAACGUCAUAAUAAUAAUAAUAAUAAUAAUUAUUAUUAUUAUUAUUACAGGCAUGAGCCACUGUGCUUGGCCUGCCUCUGUUUUCACAGACACAUCUCUUCCUACUCAGCCAAGGGAUCCUUCUUCACAUCCAUGGUCUCCACAUUGCUGUACUCCUCGUAGACUUUACUCAUUUUUUGUGUGUGUAUGAAAUUCUGGAAUCUACACAAGGCAUAUUUUUGAGUAUAUGCUUGAAACUAGAAAUCAGAGGCCAUUUUACCUAAGAGAUGUAAAACUGCUUUCACCUCAGGCCACCAUACUGCUGAUUUUUUGGAUCUCAUUCAUUCUUGUCCCUUGCCCAUAUUGUAAUUUGCAUAGUUAACCUUGGGUCAGUAUUUUACCAUUUGCUAAAUUAGUUCCACUUUCCUCCAAGCUCAAAACUUGGUCUAUCUUAGUGGAAUUAUAUUCCCACAGAUGUGCAUGCACAAAGUUCACUCCUACAUGCCCAUUACUUCCUGCCCUCCACCCUUGCCCUCCUUUUCCUGGCCUUGCUUCACAUGGUACAUUGAUUUGGAUGCAAAAUACUGUUGCUUUCCAGCCUAUUGAUUUUGUAAUAGUGAACACCCCAAUUUCCCCGUGAGCCCCUCCCCUCCAACACUACUUUCACUGAGUAAGUGAAGACCUUAUUCAUCCACUGGACAAAAUUAUAGGAGGCUGCCUAAAUCAGUGUGUGCAGGGCGUGAUGACUCAGCACAUGAUCCAUGAGGAAUGGAUUUAGCAUCAGUGUCAGCAGCGCAGCUCAGCCCUUGUGUCCCAGCUCAGCCCUUUUAUCUCCCUUGAUGUACUUCUAUCUGUUCUUUUUUUCUCUUUAUAUAUAUAUUUUUAUAUGUAUAUAUACUUUUUUUAUUAUACUUUAAGUUCCAGGGUACAUGUGCACAACGUGCAGGUUUGUUACACAUGUAUACAUGUUCCAUGUUGGUGUGCUGCACCCAUUAACUCAUCAUACUUCUUUCUGUUCUUGUAUUUUCUGUGACUGGUCAUUUUCUGUACUUUCUUGGCAGACUAUUGUGCUUAAAAACAUGGGAUCCUUCAGGCCCAGGAUCCAGUUUGUCCCUCACUUACCGUAUGUGCAAAUUGGGGUCAUGUACAUGAACACACUCGCCUGCUGUACUUAUUUGAGAAAUAAUGUUAAUUUGCCUCCAGAUUUUUUUUUUUUUUUUGAGACAGAGUUUCGUUCUUGUUGCCCAGGCUGGAGUGCAAUGGCGCAAUCUCGGCUCACCGCAACCUCUGCCUCCCAGGUUCAAGCGAUUCUCCUGCCUGAGGCUCCCAAGUAGCUGGGAUUACAGGCGUGUACCACCACACCCAGCUGAUUUUGUAUUUGUAUUAGAGAUGGUGUUUUUCCAUGUUAGUCAGACUGCUCUCAAGCUCCCGACCUCAGGUGAUCCACCCACCUCGGUCUCCCAAAGUGCGGAAUUACAGGCAUGAGCCACGGCGCCUGGCUGCCUCCAGGGUUUUAAAACAAAUUAAUGCUAUUAGAUGGCUUCACAUAUUGCAGGUUUUAUGCUACAGGCUCUAAACUUCCUUUGUGUAAUAAGAUGUGUCAGCCUUCCCUGAUGUUGAUGAUGGCGUGCUCCUUUUCCUGUCUCCCUCAUUUCACUGUCCUGUUAGAAAUAGCUUAGACUGGCUGGCCACGGUGGCUAACACCUCUAAUGCCAGCACUUUGGGAGGCCAAGGUGGGUAGAUCACUUGAGGUCCAGAGUUUGAGACCAGUCAGGUAAUCUCAGCACUUUGGGAGGCUGAGACUGGUGGAUCACCUGAGGUCAGGAGUUUGAGAGCAGCCUGGCCAACAUGGUGAAACCCUUUCCCUACUAAAAGUACAAAAAUUACCUGGGUGUGGUGUAACAUGCCUGAAAUCCCAGCUGCAUGGGAGGCUGAGGGAGUAGAAUCAUUUGAUCCCUGGAGGUGGAGGUUGCAGUGAGCCAAGAUCAUGCCAUUGCACUCUAGCCUGGGCAACAAGAGAAAGACUCCAUCUCAAAAAUAAAGAAAGAAAGAAAAAAUAUAAAUAAAAGCACCAGUCUUAUUCACAUGUAGUCGACACCCACGACCAAAUUCUCUCAAAGGCCCCAUCUGCAGGAACAUCCAAUUGGAGAAUAAGAACUCUGAACAUGGCUUUUGGCCAAUAUGAACACUCAGACCAGGGAGCCUGCAUCAUAUUUUUUAUGUUUUUAUUGUGCAAUUUGUUUUAUAAAAUGUUUUCUCUGAUCCCAGUUUAUAAAUUUUCCCAGUAUACAGUCUGUGUUUUAUAUUUCAUGCAUAGUGAACUACAUAACUAAGGGCAAUGCAUGUACAUAGAAUUGCUGUAUUGCCUGGCUGUUAUAUAACUGUAGUUGUUAUAUCAUAAUUGAACCCUCUGACACUGUUAGUCAAUUCUUUUUUUUUUGGAGACAGAGUCUUGCCCUGUUACCCAGGCUGGAGUGCAAUGGCAUGAUCUCGGCUCACUGCAACCUACGCCUCCUCGGUUCAAAUGAUUCUUCUGCCUCACCCUCCAGAGUAGCUGGGAUUACAGGUGCCUUCCACCGUGCCCAGCUAAUUGUUUUGUAUUUUUAGUAGAGAUGGGGUUUCACCAUUUUGGCCAGGCUGGUCUCGAACUCCUGACCCCGUGAUCUGCCCUCCUCUGCCUCCCAAAGUGCUGGGAUUACAGGCCUGAACCACCGCACCCUGUCGUUAGUCAAUUCUUACUCCUUAUAAUGCUGUGUAUUUACUUGAACUCAUACAUCAGAAGGUAGUGAUCUUAAAUGUAUUUCAGUUCUCAUGGUGUGUGCUGGUGGUAAGUAGAAGUGGCUUUUUUCUUAAGAGGGAAUUGUUUAGAGGUCUGCUGGCUGUAUAAAUGUACUUAUUUCCUUGCUAGUCUUAUCAUGGGUUACAAUAUUUUAUUAAUUAAUUUUUAUGAUUUUACAUAAGGCUUUUCAGUAAGUGGUAUGCCUGGGAAACAUGGUGAGACCCCCGUUUCUGCAAAAAAUACAAAAAUUAGCUGGGAAUGAUGGCACAUGCCUGCAGUCUCAACUACCGUGGAGUCUGCAGUGGGAGGAUGGCUUGAGCCUGGGAGGUCCAGACUAUAGUGAGCUGUAAUCAUGCUACUGCACUCCAGCAUGGUUGACAGAGCAAGAUGCUGUCUAAAAAAGAAUACUUAUUGUAAAGUUUGGGUACAGGAAUAAUGAAGUCAUUGAUAGUUUAUGAACAGGCUAUGGAGUUGAUGCCCAAAAGAAAUAAACAGUUUGUAAAUGAAUAACUCAUUUUGAGUUGUGACAAGACAGUGUUGAAAGUGAUGCAUGCAGCGGCAGGCAGACUAUCCACAUCAGUUUUACAGAAAAAAAGUUAAUCUUGUUCGUGCUGCGGUGAAGAGAACUAACAGCAAACAGGAGAAACAAUAAUCAGGAAUUCAAUAAUAGCCUGGUUAACAUGAUGAAACCCCAUCUCUACUAAAAAUACAAAGAUUAGCUGGGCACAGUGGUGGGCACCUGUAAUCCCAGCUACUCAAGAGGCUGAGGCAGAAGAAUCGCUUGAACCCGGGAGGCGGAAGUUUCGAUGAGCCGGGAUCCUGCCAUUGCACUCCAGCCUGGGCAACAAGAGCAAACCUCUGUCUAAAACAAACAGACAAACAAAAAGGUCUAGCCCCCUCUCCUUUCUCCGCCAUCGUGGUGUGUGCUUGACUCCACUUCUUGUCAUGUCUUCUCACAAGACUUUCAGGAUUAAGCGGUUUCUGGCCAACAACCAAAAGUGAAAUCGUCCGAUUUCCCAGUGGAUUAGAAUGAAAACUGGCAUGGGUCCAACUUUAAAAGGAGACAUUGGAGAAGAACCAAGCUGGGUCUAUAAGGAAUUGCAAGUGAGAUGGCACACAUAUUUAUGCUGUGUGAGCAUCAUAAUCACAUUACUCAAGCUGAAAAUGUCACUACCAUCUGGAGACUUGGACAUGUUUUAUUGGGAAUAUAUUUUUUUCUCUCUGAAUCUGUUAUGAACGCAUUGGUUGGGUGGGUUCAGUAAUAAACGUGAGACCUUUCAUUUCAAAAAAAAAUUUAAAUGACAUAAUAGAUUACCUAAAUUUCUGUUUUGCUUUGUUUUGUUUUUUGAGAUGGAGACUCCACUUGGUUCAGUGGAUCGCACCUGUUGUCCUGGCACUUUGGGAGGCUGAGGUGGGAGGAUUGCCUGAGACCAGGAGUUUCCUGGGAAUCUUCUCAUCUCCCCUAACCCAGUUCAUGAAAGACCCUUGGACUUUACUGUUAGGGAAAAAAUCUAUAUAAAAUAAUAUCAGCGGCUGGGAGUGAUGGCUCACGCCUGUAAUCCCAACACUCUGAGAGGCCAAGGCGGGUGAAUCACCUGAGGUUAGGAGUUCAAGAACAGCCUGACCAACAUGGAGAAACUGUCUGUAUUAAAAAUACAAAAUUAGGCCGGGCGCGGUGGCUCACGCCUGUAAUCCCAGCACUUUGGGAGGCCGAGGCAGGUGGAUCACGAGGUCAGGAGAUCGAGACCAUCCUGGCUAACACGGUGAAAUCCUGUCUCUACUAACAAUACAAAAAAUGAGCCGGGCGCUGUGGCAGGGACCUAUAGUCCCAGCUACUUGGGAGGCUGAGGGGGGAGAAUGGCGUGAACCCUGGAGGCAGAUCUUGCAGUGAGCCGAGAUAGCACCACUGCACUCUGGCCUGGGCAAAAGAGUGAGACUCCGUCUCAAAUAAAUAAAUAAAUAAAUAAAUAAAAAUAAAAAUACAAAAUUAGGCGGGUAUGGUGGCACAUGCCGGUGUAAUCCCAGCUACUCAGGAGGCUGGGACAGGAGAACUGCUUGAACUUGGGAGGCGGAGGUUGCUGUGAGCCGAGAUCACGCCAAUGCACACCAGCCUGGGCAACAAGAGCAAAACUCCAUCUGAAAAAAUAAAAAACAAUAUCAGUGUGUCAAAGCAUUAUGUCUGUCACAAUACUUGUGAAAGGAAAAUCAAAAUUACUAACCAAAGAGAAAAGUCAAGCUGGGAACUGUGUCAGAUAAACCUGCCUCCCAUUUUAUUCCUAAACAAUAUAGCUACAAGGACUAAACAAAAAAGCUACAUACUCCACUCACAAACUGUGGGCCUCAAGAUCUCCACCCCAAAAUAGUUCUGUUGAAUUUCACCCUGGCAAUAUAAACUGAGAGCUUAUCUUCACAGGUGUAGGAAAGAACCCAUCCCUCUGCACACCUGAGUCAAAUGUCUAUCUGACUGCUUCCCCUGACCUAUUUUUUAUGUAAAAAUGCAGGGUCACUGAGCCAGCCUAAGGCAUAAGUAACUAUUCCUCCACCCUCUCUCACAUAUAAAUUGUGUAUUCAAUGAAAGGCUGAUCAGAGACUCAAGCAAUGUAAUCAUUUGUUAUCUCCCUGUGACCCGGAAGCCUGCAAUUCCAGUUAUUUCACCUUCCCAGAUCGAACCAAGGUGUAUCUUAUAUGUAUUGAUUGAUGUCUCAUGUCACCCUAAAUUUGUAAAUUGCAGCCUGAACACCUUGGGCACACGUCAUCAGGACCUCCUGAGGCUGUGUCAUGGGUGCAUUUUAACCUUGGCAAAAUAGAUUUCUAAAUUCAUUGAGACCUAGUAGAUACUUUUGGAUCACAAGCUCAUGUACACAGAAAAAAUCAAGAUAGAAUAAGGAAAAAACGAGUGUAAUGGAAAGCACAAAUCUGUUCCAAAAUCUCAACUCCUUCAUAUUUAUUCACCAUAGGGAAAUGCUUUACAACUUUGUGGGAUUAGGGUCCAUUUGUGAAAGAUUAUAUAUAUAUAGUUUGUUUUGUUUUGUUUUUUGAGACGGAGUUUCACUCUUGUUGCCCAGGCUGGAGUGCAAUGGUGCGAUCUCGGAUCACUGCAACCUCUGCCUUCCAGGUACUACGGAUUCUCCUGUCUCAGCACCCCAAGUAGCUCGGAUUACAGGCAUGCAUCACCAUGCCCGGCUAAUUCUUUUGUAUUUAGUAGAGACUGGGUUUCAUUAUGUUAGUCAGGCUGGUCUUGAAUUCCUGACCUCAGGUGAUCCACCUGCCUCAGCCUCCCAAAAUGCUGGGAUUACAGGUAUGCACCACUGUGCUGGGCCGAAAGAUAUAUUUCUAGUAUUGGAUUGAAAUAAAAACCCAUUCUAUAUAACUUUAGCUAAUUUAAAACGCAAAUAAUAGACAAUUACAUAGAUACACAAAACUUUGUAAUAUUCACUUAGUAUUGCUAUUACUAUGUUCUUGGGGCAGAAGCUCAGUCUGUCAGAUACAUUACAAAAGAAUGGUGUUUCCAUAAUUGUGCUUAGGACUCUGGUGCAUAAGUGGAUAAACUGUUAAACAGGAUCCUAGGGGAGCUAGGGUGACAAAGUUCAAGUCCAUUAAAACUAGCAAGACACAGUCCUUACUGCUCACGCAUGACUCUCAGUCUUAAGAUGUUUACAGUUAAGAAAAGCAGCUUAAUCAUACCUGCAAGGACAAACUCCUACAUAAACACAAUGUCCAGAUGACCCAAUAUCCCAUGACAAUAUAUGCUUCUAAGAUAAUUACAGUCAUGCUUUCACGUACUUGCACACUAAAAUACCAAGGAUAGGUUUUUUUUUUUUUUUUUUGAUGGAGCUUCACUUUUGUCAUCCAGGCUGGAGUGCAAUAGCACAAUCUCGGCUCAUUGCAACCUCCGCCUUCCGGAUUCAAGCGAUUCUCCUGCCUCAGCCUCCUGAGUAGCUAGGAUUACAGGCAUGCACCACCACCCCCGGCUAAUUGUUGAAUUUUCAGUAGAGACGGAGUUUCAUCACGUUCGCAAGGCUGGUCUCGAACCCCUGAUCUCAGGUGAUGCCCCCACGUCGGCCUUCCAAAGUGCUAGAAUUACAGGCGGGAGCCAACGCAACCGGCCAAGGAUAGCUUUAAAUUAACAAAGUAAUAAGUUUUGUUACAGUGUCAGCCCACUGGCAGGUAGACAUACCUUAGUUUUUACCUAAGCACCUAUGUAAGAGAAACUUUAAGAGGAGGCAGUUCCCUUUUUUUUGAGGUCGCCCUACUGUGCAACUGGUAGUUUUCUUUUUUUUUCUUUUUUUUUUUUUUAAGACGGAGUCUCGCUCAGCCUUGAGACACCUUGUCCAGCUGUAUUUAUUAUUAUUAUUAUUAUUAUUAUUUUGUUUUUGAGACUGAGUUUCACUCUAGUUCCCUGGGCUAGAGUACAAUGUCAUGACCAUGGCUCACCACAGCUUCCAUUUUCUGGGCUCAAGCGAUUCUCCUGCCUCAGCCUCCCGAGUAGCUGGGACUACAGGCGCAUGCCACCACGCCAGGCUAAUUUUUAUAUUUGUAGUAGAGACGGGGUUUCUCUAUAUUGGUCAGGCUGGUCUCGAACUCCCGACCUCAGGCCAUCCGCCGUCCUCAGCCUACCAAAGGGCUGGGAUUACAGGCUUGAGCCACCGCGCCCGGCCUGAAGUAGAAUAUUUUAGAAAGUAAUUAAACCUUUUUUCAGCAUAAUGACCCAGAGAUGUACUUCUGAAGGACUUAGGAGCUCUUCUUGAAAGGCAAGCAACAAGGGAGAUAGUACCUGUAUGUCAGUAGGAAAUUAAGUAUUUCAAACAUCCACUAUUUCAAAUUUAAAGCCACAGACUUUUAAAUAAUUCGGAACCUUGAGAGGAACGUGGUCAUGCAACCUGAGUCCAGUGGCAUGCAGGCGCAACUUCUACAAGUUUUCCUGGCCAGGCAUGCAGGCUCAGGCCUGUAAUCCCAGCACUCUGGGAGGCUGAGGUGGGCGGAUCACCUGACGUCAGGAAUUAGAAACCAGCCUUGCCAACAUGGGGAAACCCCAUCUCUACUGAAAAUACAAAGCCAUUAGCCGGGCAUGGUCGCGUACGCCUGUAUUUUCAGCUACUUGGGAGGCUGAGGCAGGAGAACUGCUUAAACCCAGGACGUGGAGGUCGUAGUGAGCCGAGAUCACAUCACUGCAUUCCAGCCUGGGCGACAGAGCAGGACGCCUUCCCAAAACAAAACAAAACAAAAUGUGCUAUACAAUUUAGUUUCCUAAUAUCAAUUUAAAAAAGUUUUCGUGUAAAUAAUUAGGAAAACCAAGCAGCCCCAGAGAUAAGACCUCCUGGCAUCAUUGUCCCUUCUUAUGGAGUGAUAAUGUGACCUUCCUUGAAGUGUAUCACUCCAUCACCAGUCAAGCUGCCGCAGCCUAUGCAGUGGACUUGAAUGGAAAAUGUGGUGAUUCUGGUAAAGCUUCUCUGUCUUUCCUUUUCUGUGUGAAACGUUAAUGUCUCUACUUGGGAACGCUGACCCCAUUCAUUUGGAGUUGAGGUUUCCAGGUGGCUAUUCUCAUGCUUUGUGUCCAAAUAAAACUCUAUAAUUAAUAA